GUGCGCUCAGACAGCGGAGAGGCUACGUGUUUGCUCAGAGAAGAAGCAAUGAAAGUUAGGACCCUCUGAGUAAAAGGUCAAAACCAAGCCAUUACACCAGUCCAGACUCCGUGUAAUGAGGGAUUCUACAAUCAAAGUUGAAGUGGUCCUGCCCUCCUCUCACCCCUCCGGAUCUCGAGGAGCCAAACAUUUUAGUCGCUAAACGCUGGCUCGACGACGGCACAGAAAAGCAGCUAGCUCAGACCGCUAGCUUUAGCCACAUUAGCACACGAGCAACGCGAUUGGUCAGGCCUUCGGCACUCACUCAUCCGGGGAGUUUUGCGCUAUGGCUGGACCCAGGCCUGUGGUGCUUAGCGGCCCGUCGGGGGCAGGGAAGAGCACUCUGUUGAAGAAACUCAUGAAAGAAUAUGACAGUGUCUUUGGCUUCAGUGUCUCCCAUACAACAAGAAAUCCUCGACCUGGAGAAGAGAAUGGCAGAGGUACAGCAUGUAACUCCACUCUCACAACCGCUAAAGCAUCUCUUUUUUUUAUCUCAACCUCAAUCUGUGGUUGUCUUUAUGUGUAUGCUGUAAGUGUACUUCAUUGGGUUUCAGAUUACCAUUACGUUACACGGGAGGUGAUGCAGGCAGGGAUCGACAACGGCGAUUUCAUCGAGAACGCAGAGUUUUCGGGGAACAUGUACGGGACGUCUAAAGCCGCUGUUCAGGACGUCCAGGCCAAGAACCUCAUCUGUAUCCUUGACAUCGACAUGCAGGGUGUGAGGAACAUCAAAAGGACAGACCUCAAUCCUAUCUACAUCUCCAUCCAGCCGCCGUCUUUGGAAGUCCUGGAAAAACGUUUAAGAGACAGAAAAACCGAAUCAGAGGAGAGUCUUCAGAGGCGUUUACAUGCAGCUAAGGUGGAAAUGGAGUUCAGUAAAGAGCCUGGUGCGUUUGAUGUCAUAAUUGUCAAUGAUGUUUUGGAAGAUUCUUAUGGGCAGUUAAGAAAUGCUCUUCUUGAGGAAAUUAAUAAGGUCAAGAAAAUCAACAUGUCUUCGUAGGGGACAGCAGCAUCCUUCAGUCCCGCCCAGCCACUCCUCACAGAACCACAGACCUCCAUUCCAGUCUUGUACAUUCCCUCAGAUGGUGGCCUGUGAAGACAUCCUCUGCAGAUAUACCAACACGUAGGGUUUUACAUGGUGUUUAGAAGUAGUUAUUACCAAAUGAUAAGAUGGUGUAAAGUGGAACAUCUUUUUUUUUUUUUAACUGACAGAAAGCAUUUUCCAUUUUUAUUUUCAUGAAGUCAAGCUACUCCGAUAAUUUUUACUUGAAAGUGUGACUAGUACAGUAUGCAGGCAGUUCUGUGUUGGACAGAAGUCGACAUGUGCAGCCUUGCUCUCGCAGCACAAACAGGAAGUAACAAAACUCAUUCCAUCAAGUGGACAAACCUGUUUUUCAAGGGGUAUAACAAAAGCACAUAUUUGGAUAUGAUGGGUAGCAGUGCCAAGUUGUGCUAUUCUAAUCACUUAAGGAUUUUUUUUUCUGUGUAACCAGUCAUACUGUGUAGAGACGGUGAAAUGUCAGCACUCAGGCUCCUGUUGGUGUCAAGUUCAGGAGGUAAACUCAUCUCUGGCGGCUGCUUUACUUUCAGCUGUACUUUUAAAACAACAAUUAUUCCAGUGUUGGUAAAUGCUUUUCCUUCAUGUGCUAACUCCAUCGUAGUUUUGUUUGCUGCUUAAAUACCGUUGUGCUGUAGUAGGAUUAAAUCCCAUCAUAGUUAGAAAUUAUGCUUGGAACAAAAACCAUAGUACAUCUAAUGUAACGAAGUUUAGAGCUAUUUUUAUUUUUUCUUUGGGGGUGGGGGUGGGGGGUGUAACAGACAAUUUAACUGUUUUUAUUUUACAGUUGUAAAUUUGUAAAACUUUUAUAUUGAGUAACUUUAUUACUUUGCAGCUUCACAUGUACAGUAAAUGACAUUCAGAGAUUCGAUUCUUUAAGAACAAAGGAUUAGAUGGCAUAUUUAUCUUUUUUUUAUAUAUGAAUUAGAAUCAAGCACACAGUGAAUCCUUUUACUUGAAAAGUACAAAAAAAAAUGUAGAAUCCAUUUAAUUGGCAUGUUUUUUUUUUAAUUACAUUGUUACAUUUUCAAUUUUGUGGAUGUGAAAACUACCCACGCUUCUAUUCAGGUCCCUCGUAAGAUCCUUUCCUUGGCGCUGAUAGGUUUGUGUUGCUGAUAUCACCGACUGUCCAGUUAAAUAUGUUUUGUGAAAAUGUAACAUUAUGCUUGCAGUCCUCUGAUUUGUCAUUUCAGAUUAAAUCAGCCCUUAUAUAAAGUGCUUGUUGUGGGAUAAAUGUGUAUUGUAUUUCUUACGUCCAUUAAUAAACUGUUACAUGUGCAAACGUCAAUAAACAUGUUACCACUGUUCCCUCUAAGCUGCGCGCGUGCGCAAUUGCGCACUGCUGACACGGUCUCUGCGCACAAAAAAAAUCCAACCUAAAUUGUAAAUAAAAUAAACACGUAACAAUUCAUUCUGUGCUAUUUUUCAAUGUGAGUCAGUGAGUGACCGGUGACUGGCUGCUGCAGCCAAUGAUGCGAUUCACAUACGUAUUUACCAUAGACUGUAUAUAAUGGUAUUUAUGCAGCUAAUCAACGUCAUGCGUCCUUAUGUGCAGCCAGCGUUGUUCUCAUAGAUAUGAAUGAGUAGAUAGGACACGCCCCUUUGAGCUGCGUGCUACAGCGAGGCUAAGCUAGUGGGGGAAAAGUUUCAGUGCAUUCCGUUGAUGUAGACGGCGUGAAAACGGAAACAAGUUUCCCAGAGACUAUGGGUUGAGGAGGAAUUGGAAGUUUGUCGGCUUAGACCUGGUGUCGUUCCAUCAGUGUUAAACUUCCGGGCUCAUCUUGGAAGAGUAUGUGCCAGAAAGACCACAACCAAGCAGCCUUGAGAUCUUAGGCAGCGUCUCCCUCAGGUCCCUCUCUAUCUCCCUGCACAUCCACCAACCACUGGAACACAUCUCCAAAGUUCUGCUGGGCCAGCUCAGCUUCCCCUCAGAAGAAGUUCCACCACCUGCCAGAUGAAGGAGCCUUUUGAGAGGCAGCUGGCAUCGUGAUUGGACUGUACUUUGGUCUGUUCCAAUCCAGCUUCAGGUCCAGAGACGGCAGGCGGGACGAGUCAACGGAGGCCGGGUGGACGAAGGCAUGCAGCUGAGUACAAUCCAGAAAACAGAGGAGGAGUGCAGGGCUCAGGGCCAGAACAAACAUUAGCAUCAUAUGUCUCUUAGAAAACAUCAUAGUAUAGCCUUUGGUAUGAAAAAAACGCCAUAAUAUACAUCGUAUAUUGUACAAAUAACAAGUCAAAGGAAAGAGACAUACAUUGUAGAAUUGUAGUAAUUGUGGGCUGACUGAUUUACUGAUUAUCAGUAUUUUAUUUUUUACUGAUUAAUGGUAAUAAAUACAUUUUAAAAUGGUG